UGACAGCGGAAGUGAGUCAUGCAGAGCGAUAUCGGACCUCAUACGCGGAGGGGGCGUACAAAACUCAACUUAUGAGAAAAACACAUUUUAAUACUACAUACUACGUAAAGAGUUGUUACCCAAACUAAAAAUAACGUUCAAUUGUCAAUAAGGUCGGUGUCAACGAACAAAACAAAGGACGACAACAAAAGAACAUCGCCAUCAAACGCCAUGGAUAAUCUAACUCGUGCUAACAGUGUUUUCGCUCUGGAUCUCUAUCGGGCUUUGAGCUCGUGCAGUGCGGAUGGAAACAUGUUCUUCUCUCCACUGAGCAUCAGUGCUGCUCUCAGUAUGGUUCACUUGGGAUCCCGAGGAGACACCGCCAAAGAAAUAGAGACGGUUUUGUCCUUCACUUCUGUCCCUGAUGUUCACUCCCAUUUCGAGUCCCUCACCUCAGCUAUCAAUAAUCCAUCAGCUUCUUACAUACUCAGAUUGGCCAACCGCAUCUAUGGAGAGAAAACCUUUAGCUUCUUACCUGAGUAUUUGGACUCCACCCUGAAGCUGUACCACGCUGAACUUCAGCCAGUGGACUUCAUUGGAGCAUCUGAGCAGUCUAGACAGAUCAUCAACAAGUGGGUGGAGAAGCAGACAGAGAAUAAAAUCAAAGAUCUUCUCAAGCCUGAUAUGGUGACCGGAAUGACCCGACUGGCUUUGGUUAAUGCCAUUUACUUUAAAGGGAACUGGUUGCAGAAAUUUAAUACUCAAGACACCAAGGAAAUGCCAUUUAAAAUAAACAAGAAUGAGAGUCGGCCAGUUCAAAUGAUGUUCCAAAAGAAAAAGUUUCCCUUUAACUACAUUCAUGAGCACCGUUUGCAAGUGCUGGAGUUGCCAUACGUAAAAGAGGAACUCAGUAUGUUGGUUCUUCUCCCUGAAGAGGCUCAGGAUGGCUCUGAUUCUCUCCUAAAGUUGGAGCGUGAGUUAACCCUUGACAACCUGCUCGAAUGGACCAACAGAAACAAAAUGGACGUCCACACAGACAUCUUGGUUCAUUUGCCCAAGUUCAAACUGGAAGCUGAGAGCUCCUUAGCAGAAACAUUGGCAGGGAUGGGUAUGCCCUCUGUGUUCGAGGGUCCAGUGGCUGAUCUGACAGGCAUGAGCAGUCAAGGUGGCCUCUUCCUUUCAUCAGUUGCCCACAAGGCCUUUGUGGAAGUUAAUGAAGAAGGCACGGAGGCUGCAGCGGCUACAGCAGGCAUGGUGGCUUUUUGUAUGUUCAGAGAGGAGCAUUUCAUGGCAGACCAUCCCUUUCUGUUCUUCAUCAGGCACAACCCCACCAACAGCAUCCUCUUUCUCGGAAGAUACAGAGUCCCAUCUUAAAGAUGUACUUACUUUUAAAAUAAAGAAUACAUAUUGGUAUUUUAAAAUGUUUUUAGGCACAGUUUGUAUUAGUGUGUUGUGUUUUCAAAUACACUAAAGGUUAUUGUAAAGACAGUGUCUUGGAUUUAGAUUUAAUUGAAAUACAACAGUUUAUACCAGGGGUGGGCAUCGAGGGCCACAAUACCGCAGAGUUUAGCUUCAACCUUAAUCGAACACACCUGAAUGUAAUUUCCAAACAGUCCUGAAGACUUAAAUUAGAUAUUUCAGCUGUGUUUGAUUAGAGUUGGAGCUAAACUCUGCAGGGCUGUGGCACUCAGGACCAGGAAUUGCCCACCCCUGGUUUAUACAGUACAAGGCAGGAACAGUUUGUGUGCUUGUAAGUCUAUAGACAAAAACACAAAAAAAUGGGAUAGUCACUCUCACUCACUUA